AUGGACGGGCGAGUCCGACAUCGUCAAGCUGCGAAGGCAGCUUUCGUCCCUGUGACGGGGAAAUCGAGUGAGGAGGUCGAUGCAUCCACAGGCCAGGCUCAAAACUCGUUUGGGUGGCAGCUAUUCCGCUUGAUUCUACUGGGAUUCUAUGAAUUGAUCGCAUGUUCAUGUCUCCACUUCGUUCAGUUCCUCGCCGCGCCGCUCUACUUCUGGAAUAAGCCCCUCUACUAUACCUUCCAAUCCCUUGUCAAAUCCUACUUCAUCCUCCUUCUGGCUCAGAUCACCUCGAUAUGGGCGCCUGUGAAAGUCCGGAUCUCCGCCUCCGCAUCCAUAAGCCCCCAACUUCACCUCUCGAAGGAUGGAAUCUUACGCUCGGACUUCCCUUCCAGAUUGGUUCUGAUUGCGAACCAUCAGAUCUACACUGAUUGGAUAUACUUAUGGUGGAUCGCAUAUACCAGUGGGACGCAGGGGCAUUUCUUCAUCAUCCUGAAGGAGAGCCUUAGGUACCUGCCGAUCAUCGGACCUGGGAUGAUGUUUAUGAGUUUCAUCUUUCUCUCCAGAAAAUGGACGACGGAUAAGCCCCGAUUUCGGUACCGAUUGCAGAAGCUCAAUGCGCGCAUGCUAUUCUCACCCCGCAAGACGGCCCUUUCUACGGUCCUCGAAGAUCUCAGAUCCGCGAUCACCUCAACCCCUCCACCUGCACCCCCGCCGAAGUCGGUAACAGAAGCGAAGACAAGUGCCGAGCUUGCUGAUGAGUUGAAGCAGCAAGACUCAACAACGCUAGACCCCAUGUGGCUGCUGUUAUUCCCGGAAGGGACAAAUCUUUCCCCAAAUGCGCGCCGCACCUCCGCUCGAUGGGCUGCGAAGCAAGGACGGGAAGAUCUGAAGCAUACGGUGCUUCCUCGAUCGACCGGACUUCUCUACUGUCUGCAAGAAUUGCAAGGAACGGUGGACUGGGUCUAUGACUGCACGGUUGGCUACAGCGGUGUGCGCACCGGCGAUUUCGCCGCCGACAUGUACGGCAUCUGGCGAAACUAUGGUGAAGGGCGGGCUCCGGAAUACAUCGAUAUGUACUGGCGUGGUUGGAAAGUCAAAGAUAUCCCACUGAACGAUGAAAAGGCGUUUGGUGACUGGCUGACAAAGCGGUGGGAAGAGAAGGAUGCCUUACUGGAGAUCUACCAGACGACCGGGAAGUUUCCCCCGAGUGAGGAACCCAUUGGGCUGAAUGGGAGCGCUAGAGAAGAGAGCGAGAUGGUGAAGACGAGGGCGGGGUGGAUCGAAACGGAGAUCAAGCCGACGCACCCACUGGAGAUUGUGCAGAUUUUCAUGCCGGUUGUGGUGCUAUGUCUGGUUUGGUAUUGGAUUGUUGGAUUGAAGAAUUGGUCCUUGAAAUUGCUUGGAUUGAAGACGGGUUGA